GCCGUAACCCGCGCCCCCCUCCCUCCGUCACCAGUCGGUGUGUUUCGGGUUGAUCCGACUUCUUUUGGCUAGAGAGUUGUGUAUUGUAUAGGAUAUCGUGAUUCGGAAGGGGGUACAUAUCCCCGAAUCGCGAGUGGAUACAGACCCGAGUCUCAGCGGUUUACCGAAUACUGCAGCCCCGCUUUUUAAAUUAUACAUUUUUAUCGUCUUAUUAAUUUAUUUAAAUCCCCGUAGUUUAUGGUUUGCGUUGGUUGUAACACUCCGGGAGGGCAGAAAUGGCGGCCAACAUGUACCGGGUCGGAGAUUACGUGUUCUUUGAGAACUCGUCCAGUAACCCUUACCUGAUCCGUCGGAUAGAGGAACUCAACAAGACGGCCAGCGGGAACGUGGAGGCCAAGGUGGUGUGCUUCUACCGGAGGAGAGACAUCUCACACAGCCUCAUCCAGCUGGCAGACAAACAUGCAAAGGACCUGGAGGAAGAGAAGGAGACCCCCAUAGAGACGGAUCUAUCGGAGAAGCAGAAGCACCAGCUCCGACACAGAGAGCUCUUCCUCUCCCGGCAGUACGAGAGCCUACCCGCCACGCACAUCAGGGGUAAGUGCAGUGUUGCACUAUUGAAUGAGACGGAAGCCGUUCUCUCUUACUUAGACAAAGAGGACACGUUCUUCUACUCGCUGGUGUACGACCCCACACAGAAAACCCUCCUGGCCGACAAGGGGGAGAUCAGAGUAGGCCCACGGUUUCAGGCAGACGUGCCUGACAUGUUACCAGAGGGCGAGGCAGACGACAGAGAGCAGUCAAAGCUGGAGGAGAAGCUGUGGGAUCCAGAAUGUCCGCUCUCGAGCAAACAAAUCGACCAGUUCCUGGUCGUGGCACGGGCAGUCGGGACCUUCGCACGAGCGCUGGACUGCAGCAGUUCGGUCCGACAGCCCAGCUUACACAUGAGUGCCGCCGCAGCCUCCAGGGAUAUCACACUGUUCCAUGCGAUGGACACGCUCCAUCGCCACGGCUACGACCUGUCCAGCGCCCUGAGCGUGCUGGUGCCAGCCGGCGGGCCCGUGCUCUGUCGGGACGAGAUGGAGGAGUGGAGUGCCUCGGAGGCCAGCAUGUUCGAGGAGGCGCUGGAGAAAUACGGCAAAGACUUCAACGACAUCCGACAAGACUUUCUGCCAUGGAAGUCCCUGACCAGCAUUAUAGAGUACUACUACAUGUGGAAGACCACCGACAGAUACGUUCAACAGAAAAGACUCAAGGCAGCGGAAGCCGAGAGCAAACUAAAGCAGGUUUAUAUUCCUACGUAUAACAAGCCCAACCCCAACCAGAUCUCAAUGACCAAUGGGAAGAUGGCUACAGUCAACGGGGCGGGGCCAGUGGCCUAUCACACAGCAGGAGGGGGCCGGGCCUGCGAGAGUUGCUACAGUAUGCAGUCGGCCCAGUGGUACUCGUGGGGCCCCCCCAACAUGCAGUGCCGCCUCUGCGUGUCGUGCUGGAUGUACUGGAAGCGGUACGGCGGCCUGAAGAUGCCCAGCAGAGCGGAGGCACCGGAGGAGCGCACCUCGCCGGCCCCGGUGAGCAACGUCAGCGCCCACCAUGAGCCUCGUUCGCGGGGCCAUGCCCCCCGCCAGUCGAGCCACAUGGUACCGGUGCGCAAUAGCGGCAGUCCCAAGUCCAACAUGAAGACCAAGCAGGCCUUUCUCCUCCAGGCCACUCGCCUCACCAAGCUGGCCCGGCACAUGUGCCGUGAUGUCAUCAGGCUGCGCCGGGCGGCGCGGCGGCCCUUUGUGCCCAUUAACUGUGGGGCCGUAAAGGCAGAGUAUAUGCUCAGGGCGUCGGAGGGCCAGGGAACACGGCUGCCCAAACACAGAGCGUCGCCCAGGAGCACGCUUACCAGCGUGGUGCAGUUCCUAGAAUCCCGUCCCGUUGCCAUCCACGCCCCUCGCUCUCACCGCACCCCCGGCCUCCAGACGCCUCCGCCCCGCCGCCUCCUCUCCUCCCUCCACCACGGGCCCCACGGCAUGCUGGGAAAACGCAGCUACCACCACCACACUAGGGCGGAGCCAGAGAGACACUCGGAGAAUCCAGGUUCCACCAGUGCACCUGUGCUGCAACACAACGGCCGCAGCAGCGGCGGCAGCGGCAAUAGCAGAGGCGGGGUCACCGUGCGCAAGAGACGCCCCAACUGGAUCGACGCCCCCGACGACAGCUUCUUCCUCGUCACCCGGGAGACCAGGAGGGCCAGGCGAAUGCUGUCCAGGUCCCAGCUGAGGCGCGCAUGCCGGCAGCCCUGUGAGCAGAUCCACAUGCGCAGGGUCUCCGAGGCGCCCCCGCAGGGACUGGUGCUUGCGCCCCAACAACACCCUCACCCCAGCCUGCGGAUGCGAGGACCCAUCGUCAUCCAUGACUGACGAGGCUAUAGCGGACCGCGCCCUACUCCUGUACAUGUGCCCUCAAACACACAGACACACAAACACACACACACAAACACACACACAUCAAACGACACACACACACACAUCAAAAGACACACACAAACACACACACAAACACACGUAAAAUAUACAUAUCUCUCAAAACAUGAUUAUCUUGCACCUGGUUCUGAUAAUUCAGUUCUGGUGAGGCAUGAGGAGGAUGAGGUUAUCCAACUGCACUAGAUGCACUAAAAGCUGACACCUGACUGCAAGCCGUGCCUGUCUGUAUAGCACUUAUUGUAAUCCCUGGCAACUUUUUCAGACUGCGCGCAUGGUGGGUGUGUGUGUGUGUGUGUGUGUGAGGUUGCGUACCCGAGAAUGUACAUAAACAAGUGUUGAAGCGGGAGGGAUCAAGACAGUGAUGGAUGUAUAGAUGUGCAGGCCUGUGUGUGUGUGUGUGUGUGUGCGUGAGAAGGAGUGUGUGGAUCUGACCGAGGAAGGGGAGAUGUAAAUGUGUGUGUCAGACUUUUUCACGACGGCCACCUUGUGUGAACUU